AUGUUCGCCGCAUCCCGUAUCCAGCGCCGUGCUUUCUCGGCCACCGCCCGUGACCUCUCCAAGGUCACCGUUCUCGGUGCUGCCGGUGGCAUUGGCCAGCCUCUCUCUCUUCUCCUCAAGAUGAACCCCCGCGUCACUGACCUCGCUCUCUACGAUAUCCGUGGCGGACCCGGUGUUGCUGCUGACAUCUCCCACGUCAACACCAAGUCCACCGUCAAAGGCUACGAGCCCAACGCUGCCGGCCUCAAGGAGGCUCUCUCCGGUGCCGAGGUUGUCCUCAUUCCCGCUGGUGUUCCCCGCAAGCCCGGUAUGACCCGUGACGAUCUCUUCAACACCAACGCCUCCAUCGUCCGCGACCUCGCCAAGGCCGCCGCUCAGGCUGCUCCCAAGGCCAAGCUCCUGAUCAUCUCCAACCCCGUCAACUCUACUGUCCCCAUCGUCAAGGAGGUUUUCAAGGCCGAGGGUGUCUACAACCCCAAGACCCUCUUCGGUGUUACCACCCUCGAUGUUGUCCGUGCCUCCCGAUUCGUUUCCGAGAUCAAGGGCACCGACCCCAAGGACGAGAACAUCACCGUUGUCGGAGGCCACUCCGGUGUCACCAUCGUCCCUCUCUUCUCUCAGUCCAACCACCCCGACCUCUCUUCCAACGCUGAGCUCGUCAAGCGUGUCCAAUUCGGUGGUGAUGAGGUUGUCAAGGCCAAGGAUGGUGCUGGCUCUGCCACUCUUUCCAUGGCCAUGGCUGGUGCCCGCAUGGCUGACUCCAUCCUCCGCGCUGUCCAGGGCGAGAAGGGUGUCAUUGAGCCCUCUUUCGUCGAGUCCCCUCUCUACAAGGACCAGGGUAUCGAGUUCUUCAGCUCCAAGGUUGAGCUCGGCCCCGAGGGUGUUGAGAAGAUUCACCCUCUCGGCAAGCUCGAUGCCAACGAGGAGAAGCUCGUUGACGCUGCUCUCGUCGACCUCAAGAAGAACAUCGAGAAGGGCGUUGCCUUCGUUGCCUCCAACCCUCCCAAAUAA